CUCAUCUCCCGCCUUCUUUGUUCAUUUCGUAAAUUCCUUACAUUCCUUCUCUCCAUUUUCUCCUCCCACCAUUAAUUAAAACCCACAUCUCUCCAAAUUCAAACUUUAAAAUCUUCAAAAUCUUUUAGUUUAUUUUGAUUUAAUUUCCGUUUUAAUAUUUAAUCAGUUUCGCGGAUGCGAGCGAUUAAAAUUUGAAAAUAAUUGGGUUCGAAUAAAAUUUUUCUUGAAUUGAAUUAGGGCAGGAUGCUGGCGGAGGCGGAGUCUAUACCUCGGAGUAAGUUUGAAAACCUCGCGCAUUCUGCCCCCAACAUCCCCGCCUCCGCCAGUAUGGUGACCGACCCCGACGUAGAAUACCCGACACGGAACAGCAGUGCCUCCGCCCUCAGCGCGGCUUGCUCUCUUGACCCGACGCGAAUGAGCGGUGAGUGUUCUCCGAUGACAAUGUCGCCCUGGAACAACACCUCCAGUUCCCCCUUCUCCAAGUCACCUUGGCAGCCGUUCGAGGAAUCUAACGUUCCUCCGAACGGCCUUAUUGGGUCUCUCCUCCGCGAGGAAGGCCAUAUCUACUCUCUCGCGGCCACAGGAGACCUGCUGUACACCGGUUCGGACAGCAAGAACAUCCGGGUGUGGAAAAAUCUCAAAGAAUUCAGUGGAUUCAAAUCGAACAGUGGGCUCGUGAAAGCAAUCGUCAUUUCAGGCGACAAGCUCUUCACGGGUCACCAAGAUGGAAAGAUCCGGGUGUGGCGGGUCUCAUCGAAAGACCAGAGCGUGCACAAACGCGCCGGGACUCUGCCUACAAUGAUGGAUAUCUUUAAAUACUCCGUGAAACCCAGCAAUUACGUUCAGGUGCGGCGGCAGAAGAAGCUCUGGAUCAAGCAUUCCGACGCAGUUUCGUGCCUGAGCCUCAGUGAGGACAAGAAGCUUCUUUACUCUGCCUCCUGGGACAGGACGUUAAAAGUGUGGCGAAUUGAAACCUCGAAAUGCAUCGAAUCGAUCCACGCGCACGACGACGCGGUGAACUCCGUCGUCGCGAGCGUGGAGGGGAUGGUGUACACGGGGGCGGCGGACGGGACGGUUAAAGUUUGGAAGAAGGAGCAGAGCGGGAAGAUCAUCAAGCACACUCUGGCGCAGACGCUGCUGAAGCAGGAGAGCGCGGUGACGGCGCUCGCUGCCAGCGCGUCGGGGUCAAUAGUUUACUGCGGAUCGUCAGACGGGUUGGUGAAUUUCUGGGAGCGGGAGAAGCAGCUGUCGCACGGCGGCGUGCUGAAGGGGCACAAGCUGGCGGUACUCUGUUUGGCGGCGGCGGGGAACUUGGUAUUCAGCGGGUCGGCAGACAAGACGAUUUGCGUGUGGCGGAGGGAGGGAACGAUCCACACGUGCCUGUCGGUUCUGUCCGGGCACACGGGGCCGGUGAAGUGCCUUGCGGUGGAGAAGGACAAGGAUGUAAAUGCGAGUAAAGCGGACGAGCAGCGGUGGAUUGUGUAUAGCGGGAGUCUGGAUAAGUCGGUGAAGGUAUGGGGGGUAUCGGAGCAGGCGCCGGAGCUGACGGCGAUGAGUCACCAGCGCGGGGGGUUCGAUGCGGAUUCGAUUCCGUCCGAUGGGAGUUAUACGUCUUCGGCGGGUCGGGGUAGCAGCCAUAACAAGAGGUUCCGAUGAUUUACGACCGAUGGUUUUUCGGUCUUACUGGCUAAUAGUGUUGCGCCACGUGUCUGAUUCAAGAUCUUUUAUGACUAGCGUAGAGAGAAUGAUUUGGACCGUUGAUUAGUGGCGAUGAGAUGAAAGGAUUGGAGCGUGUGAUGAAGGGAGUAUAUAUGAGAAAUAAAUUAGUUUCACUCCAUUUCUUUGUUAAUUUCUUACUAAUAGAUGUGCUUUGCAUGUUAUGGAUGGUUUCUCAUGAUGAUUCGGGCACAAGAUCUUAAUUAAAAAUUCACUGAAAGUGUUUAUUGUGAAA